AUGCUCCACCGAGGUACCAUGCACAAAUUGAACACUGGAGCAAGCAUACCAGCACUCGGCUUUGGUACCUGGCAAGACAAAGACGCCCAAGAGCCAGCAGUCAUCGCUGCCCUACAGGCUGGUGUGAGACACAUCGACACAGCAGCUGUAUACGGCACUGAGCCCGCUGUCGGUUCAGCUAUCAAGAAGUCUGGCGUUCCUCGCUCGGAGCUCUUCCUUGUCACCAAGAUCUGGAACAACUCACAUGCUCCUGAAGACGUUGAGGCUGCUCUCGAUGCUUCUCUCAAGAACCUCGGCACUGAUUAUGUUGACCUGUGGUUGAUGCAUUGGCCGUCUUCCUUUGCCAGUGGCUCUUCUCUUUUCCCCAAAGACUCGAAUGGAAAGGUAAAGGCAGGAACCUCAGACUAUGUUGAGACUUACAAAGCUAUGGAGAAGCUCUACAAGUCUGGCAAAGCCAGGGCUAUUGGAGUUUCAAAUUUCAGCAAGGCAGAGAUGGAAAGACUUAUCAAGGAGACCAGUGUGGUCCCAGCAGCUCACCAACUAGAGCUUCACCCGUACCUGCAACAACACGAGUUUGCUGAGUGGCAUAAAUCUCAGGGCAUUCAUGUCACACAAUACUCGCCUUUCGGAAACAGCAACGAAGUGUACUCCAAGGGUCAAAACUUGAGUAAGCUGAUCGAAGACCCGACCUUGGUAGAAGUGGGAAAGAAGUACGGAAAGUCUGGGGCGCAAGUCGCGCUUGCUUGGGGUAUUGCCCAUGGUCGCAGUGUCAUCCCCAAGAGCAAGACCCCUGACAGAAUCAAGCAAAACGUCGAGGGCGACUUCGAACUGUCUGCUGAAGACAUCAAGAAGGUGGAUGCCAUCGACAGAAAACUGCGUUUCAAUGACCCAAGUGCGAACUUUGGUUGGAACUUCUAUCAAGACCUCGAGGGAAAGGAGGCAUAG